AUGUUUGAGCUUGACCCCACCAAUGCCGCUUUCUACGAACAAAUCAAGGAUUUGCCUUGUCCCCAUCAAAUGGGCGGUUACCAACAGGCGUACGACAGCUUGGAGCAGAUACAGAAGCAUGAUGCAGCUGCAGAUAUCGAGACAACAACCAUUCAAGUUGGCAAAAAAUAUGGUCCGACAACUGUAACAUUGUUCAGGCUGAAAACUCUUGUUGAUAAGCCACUGCCUAUGGUGUUCUAUACUCAUGGUGGCGGUUGGAUCAUGGGAAGCGCCAAGUCUUUCGCUGUGUUAAUGGAAGACUUGGCCCGCCGUACCCGAGCUGUCAUAGUCUUCCCUGACUACACUCGUGUACCUCAUCAAACGUUCCCAUACCCGCUUGAGCAGAGCUAUGAAACUCUUGACUACAUGGUUCGUCAUUCGAGUCAGCAUCAAAUUCUACCUGGAACCAUUGCUCUUGCUGGAGAUAGUGUUGGAGGCCACAUGGCUAUUGCUAUGAUGCAGAUUUCUCUGAAGCGCAAGCUGCCGACUGAGAUCGGCCAAUUGGUUCUAUGGGCUCCCGUGACAGUCACACACAAGAAGCUUGGAUCAUACACGACUUUCUCUCAGGCGCCAUUCCUGACAGAAGACUCGAUGGAUUGGAUGAUUGAGUCUUUCUUACCGAACCUGAAAGACAGGGAGACAGCACUGGCAUCACCGCUGACCCAUCUUCCAGACCAAGUCCUGGCUCAGUUCCCCCCUACUAUCAUCUUCCUCUCCACCGUUGACCCGCUACUCGACGAAGGUGUGGCAUUCGGACAUAGGCUCCAGGAAAAUGGGGUCGACGCAUCUAUCGUGAAGGCUGAGGGGCAGAUGCAUGCUUUUUGUGUUGUGAAGGCACUACGAGAUGGUCCAACUGCUCGUGCUGUGAUUGACUUGGCUGCCUUGAGGUUGAGGAGAAUAUUUUUUCAGCGUGAUGCUCCCGGGCGCCUAUAG